AUGGUAAACUCGGUGAGGGACCCGUACCUCAACUAUUCCCGUCCCGUCCUCCAGGUUUCGAUUGAACGAAAAGCCCGCGCCCCGCCAAUCACGGAGCCCGGGCCUCUGAACGGCGGGGAGGGGCGAAGGGGAAAGGACGCAGACCAGAACCCGCCCCACCAUGGAAGAAGCCCGGACCAAGCUCAAGCUCAUUUUCCCACCGAACCUCUCACCCUAGCCUUCUCGGCCAAACAUCCCAGCCGCCAAAAAACACACCCACGAUCUCUCAACGACGUCACCCCGCGACAAAGCGAAAAUCCCAAGACCAUAGGACCUGAGCCCCUCCUACAAACAGACAAACAAACGCCACGACACACCAGGACACAACCCAGCGGCGCAAUGGCGGAUAGAGGCUCACACAGAGGCGGCGGCCGAGGCGGAGGCGGAGGAGGAGGAAACUACCGCGGCGGAAGGGGAGGAGGUCGCGGCGGCGGCGGCGGCGGCGGCGGCGACCGAGGCGGAGCCCAGGGCUCGGGCGGCGAUCGCGAGAGGCCCAAGAAGGAGAAUAUCCUCGACUUGUCAAAGUAUAUGGACAAGCAGAUUACUGUCAAGUUCAACGGCGGGCGCGAAGUCACUGGAACGUUGAAGGGAUACGAUGCGCUGAUGAACCUGGUGCUGGACGAGGUCCAGGAAGUCAUGAGAGACGAAGAAGGAAACGAAACGACCAGGUCCCUAGGCCUCAUCGUCGCCCGCGGAACCCUCCUCGUCCUCGUCAGCCCCGUCGACGGAAGCGAGCCCAUAGCGAACCCGUUUGCGCAGCCCGAGGAGGAGUGA